AUGGCGUGGCAUAUGGAAUCUGGCGAUGAUUCCCUGUUGUACAAAUAUUUUAAACAGAAGUAUCUCAAGCAUUGUGAUUUUGUGGAUGCGUCGUAUAAGUCUAGUGCCUCUUGGGUUUGGAAAACUGUUUCAUCUAAGCAACUUCGGGCUAAAUUUUCCUCAGUGGCGGAUCUUAUUAUUCAUUUUACCCAUCAAUGGAAUAUAUCCCUUGUUUCUCAGUUCUUCAAUCAACGGGAUUGCAAGCUUAUUCUCAAAAUCCCUUUGAGUGUUCGCGGAGGGGUUGAUUGUAAGGUUUGGGGUUUUUCUAAGGACGGCCUUUUCUCGAUCAAAAGCACGUAUCAUGUUGCUAUUUCUAUUCUUAAUCCUCCUUCCCCCCCUCUUGCUGAAGGUUGUAGUUUUGAUGCCAUGGAUAGUGGUUUGUGGAAAGCUGUGUGGCAUAUCCGUGCUUUCAGGAAGAUUCAACUUUUUGUCUGGCAAUGUCCGCAUGAACGUAUCCUAGUUAAUUCGCAGCUCUUCAAACGGGGGGCGUAUAAGUUUUGGUGUUGCUAUAUUUGUGGUUCUCAUGAUGAGACUAUUGAUCAUUUACUUUGCACUUGCCCGUUUGCGUGCAAAGUGUGGAAACUGUGCCCUUUAAGAAUGGAUUUCUCUUGUUCCCAGCCCACCUUAUGGCAAAAGCGGUGGUUUGAUAUGUGUGAGAACUGGCUUUUGGUGGAUGGGUUUAAUCAGUGUAUCGGUUUAGCGGCGUUUAUUUGUUGGUCCUUAUGGAAAAACAGAAAUGCUGUUGUGUUUAACAACGCCAGUAGUGAUCCUUUGGCGGUGGUUCAGAAGGCUCUCACAUCCUUUAAUGAGUUCCAGGAAGUUUCACGUCAAAAUAGUUUGUGCUCUUUGCCAUGUCCUACUCUUACAUCUCCUUUGGAGGUGUGGAAGGUCCUAGAGGAGGGAUAUCACAAACUCAACUUCAAUGCUGCCUUUAAUUCCAUAUCCAAGUCCCAGGGGGGUGGGGGGGAUUGA